AUGGCAGCCCGCAGAGCUUACACCAUCUUCUUCGCCGUUUUGGCCAUUUCGGCUUCAUUCGCCCUCGCCGAAGAGGAAACUGCCAAGAAUGAGACGGCGGUUGCGACAUCUCGUGCCAAGAGACAGUGCUGCUCGUCUUCGUCAAACUCGUGCUGCGGAAACAACAACAACGCCCAGUGUAUUCAAAUCUGCCUCCAGCAAUGCCAGAGCUCCUGCCAAACGUCAACUUGCGUCCAGCAGUGCCAGCCAGCAUGCCAACAACAGUGCGGUGGAAAUCAGCAAGUUAUUCUUCUUCCUCAAACCAACAACUGCAACCAGUGCCAGCAGCAAUGCGUGAGCUCGUGCGCCACAACAAGUUGCGCCCAAAACUGCCAGAACAGCUGCUCCAGCUCGUGCGGAAACUCGGCCCCACAAAUCAUUGUCCUUCAACCACAACAGAACCAGUGCGGAGCUUGCCAAUCGACCUGCCAACAGACCUGCCCAACCUGCAACUGUCAAUCUGCCUGUGCUCCAGCUUGCGGAAACAACAACAACAACAAUCAAAUCAUUGUCGUCCAACAGGAUAGCUCGUGCUCGUCCAACUGCAACAACCAGUGCUCGUCCUCGUGCACCACCCCGAUCUGCAUUCAGUCCUGCCAGUCCUCCUGCCAACAAGCCUGCCAGCCAACCUGCCAGCCACAAUGCAUGCCAUCUUGCUCUUCCAGCUGCACCCAGAACCAAGCGCCAAUUGUGAUCGUUGCUCAACAAGGUGACUCGUGCUCCAACUCGUGCUCGAACCAGUGCCAGUCGGCCUGCCCAACCCCAAUCUGUGUCCAACAAUGCAAUUCGCAAUGCCAAUCGCAAUGCCAGUCCUCGUGCUCCGGAAACAACUGCAACCAGCAGCAAGUCAUUGUUCUCCAACAGCAAGACAACUGCCAGAACUCGUGCCAGAACAGCUGCAUGAACACCUGCCAACAAUCAGCCACCGUUCUCCAGUGCCAGCCGAUCUGCCAACAGACGUGCCAGUCGACUUGCCAACAGGCCGCCCAGAUUGUUGUUCCAUGCCAGACCUCCGGAUCCGGUUGCGGAUGCUCCAGCGGAUACUCGCAAUGCGGAGGAUCGUGCUGCCGUCGUCGUUAA